AGAGGGGAGGGCAGGCGGAUUAACGCAGCGUCCCUGCCCGGUGUCCCUUUUAGACUACAACAAACACAACAGUGAUUGAGAGAAAAGCGUACGGGACAGAAACGCAUUUGCACCUGCUUGUCCUCCUCGGUCAGUGUCAGCAUCUCUCCGUGCUCUCUUUCUAUCUCUCUCUCUCUCUCUCUCUCUCUCUCUCUCCCUCCAGCCCCCCGGUGAUCAGACAUGUCUGUGUCCGGCUCGCAGACGCCUGAGGACGGACUCUACGGCUCCUGGGUCGAGCUGGAGGAGCUGAUUGCAGCCGUGAGCCGCAGGGAGAGUCUGACAGGGCCACAGGACAGCAUCUCCUCCGCCCUGCAGGGGGAGCUGGAGAGGAUCCUUCUGGAGGCGCAGCUUGAGUGUGAGAGGAGUAGAGACAGUCCUCCGCAGGUGGUGACUCCACAGCCCACUGGUUCCCCAAGACCAACUAGUGAUCAGGACAGUGACUGUGUCACCAUACAGGAGGAAGGUGAGCGGCGAGUGGACACGGACUGGGUGUGGGAUUGGUCCAGUAGACCAGAAAAUAUGCCACCAAAAGAGUUUGUGUUUCAGCACCCGAAGCAGCCGGGCUCCCUCAGUGUUAGGAAGACAGAGGUGAUGAAGAGAGGAAUCUUCUCCUCCGAUGUUCUGCUCAUCCUUGUUCCCUCACUGCUGGCUUCACACCUGCUCACACUUGGAGUCGGGAUCUACAUAGGAAAGCGAUUGGCUGCUUCCACAACUAGCACGCUGUGACGUCAGCUGUAGGCCAUUGACCCCCCUUCGCUAACAGUCUGGCCAGUAAGGUCACAGUCUGCCCUCUGUACCGCACUAAUUUGCCUCCUUCCUUCUUCGUCAUGGGGCAACCAUAGGACCCUGCCUGUCUGUACCUCUGUCUCUGUUCAUCUGUACGUCUGUCUACCCAGCAGCAGUCUGUCUUUGUGUCGGCCUCUCUGUCAGUCUGUGCAUGUCGUAGGGCCCGGGGAGCGGAUGGAUGCCCACCAAUGAGUCAGACUGAGGUCACUUUUACUUUCCCGGAGAGUAACACUGAUCUCAACCAGCUAAAGCAUAAUCAGAGAGGAGAGAUUGCCCAGAUACAAGAGAAAAGAGAGAAGGAGAGUUUUACCCAGCUAGAACAAUAAAUCCCUUUGAUAGGAGGAGAUGAAAACGGUUAGCUGGGAACAGUGUGUGCAGACAAAAUGAGAAAGAUAAUAUGUGAUAGCCUUUCUCCCAACCUUUGAAAGAGCAAAAUGUCUGUCAUUUGUCAAAAGUAAUGACCCUCUGUAAGACUGAGCUGCUGAGAGUGGUUCUUGGAGGUUUUCUGCCCUGAUGGUUUAUCUAAUGUAGAGAGUUUUAGUUGGCUGAGUGAAUGUAGGAGUGGCUCUGGUUGUGCUUUUUGUCCCGUAAACCAAUUAAAUAUUUGACCUCCGACAAAGACAAUCAUGAUCCCAUUAAACUUCACUCCUCAAAACCUUAA